CCAGCACUGUGGGCAGCUGCGGGUAGGUAUCCUCGCACGCGUAGCGUUCUGUCGUGAUGUAACAUGGUCGUUUUUUUUAUUUUCAAUAUAAAAAUACAAAAGAUGUAUUGUUCUCGGUGUUCUUUUAUUUUCUUCGUGUACAGGAUCUGUUAGACUUGGCUUCAGUUAAGCCUUAAAAAACCGCUGCCAUAGCCGCUACCGCUUGCGGACGCCAGUUUCGAUGUUGUGGAAAGUCACAUGGAAAAGUUAUAUUUUCGCUCCGGUGAACCCGCAAGAGACCCGUAAAACUGUUUGUUUCAUUAUAUGACUGGAACCCCCUCGCGUGCUCUCGCGGUGCUCGAACUUGGGGCCGCAUCAGGGAGGCAAUGCCGGCCGCGCAGAGCGUACGCAUGGUAGGAGCUGCGGCAGCAUGUCGACUGCCGCCGAUGCCGUCGGCGCGCGACCUUCUACGCAUGUACGGCAUCCGCGCCAUGCGAAAGUUGUCCCAAAACUUCCUGCUUGACCCCAAGUUGGCCAAGAGACUUGUGCGCGCUUGCGGCAGCGUGCGCGGUAAGCACGUCAUCGAGGUAGGACCCGGACCUGGGUGUCUCACCAGACCCCUGCUGGAGCUCGGGGCACGGCGGGUCGUGGCCAUCGAGAAGGACAGGCGAUUCGCCCCUACGCUGGAUGUCCUGUCUGAAGCCAGCGAGGGCCGACUGCACGUGGUGAUGGGUGACAUCUUUCACCAACAUUUGCAGGAGCUCAUACCAGAGGAGCUUGGUGUGCCGUGGGACUCGGAUAACCUACCUGAGGUCUGCCUGGUGGGCAACCUGCCGUUCAGCGUCGCCAGCCCACUGCUGGUGAGCUGGCUGCGGCAGAUAUCACGACGCGAGGGCCCCUUUCAGCGCGGGCGUGUGCCUCUCACCCUGACCUUUCAACUGGAGGUGGCCCAGCGCAUUGGUGCCCCCAUCCUGGACCCACAGCGCUGCCGUCUCUCCGUCCUCUGCCAGAACUACUGCACCACCCAGCACAGGCUUACGCUCAAUGGAAGUAGCUUCGUGCCUCCUGCAGAAGUGGACGUCGGGCUGGUGCGGCUGGUGCCAUUGAAGGAGCCGGUCAUUAGGCAUCCCUUUGACAUGAUUGAGAAAGUCAUCAACAGCCUCUUUAAUGGCCGCCAGAAAGUGCUCACAAAUGGUGUAAAGAACCUGUUUCCCCGUGACCGGGAAGAAUUGGUGCCGCGCCUUGUACAGUUGGCUGACGUUGACCCCACAACGAGGAUCCUCCAGUUGACUGUGGAAGAGAUUGGACGCCUCUGCGAUAUCUAUGAACAGUUUUGCACAGAGGAGCCCGAACUGCGACGGUAUCACUUCAGGCUAGGACGCUGAAAGUGCCUACCCGUAGUAACAAGUGGUUCUCGGUGAACGCAGAGAAAGAAAUUGGUCGUUUACAGCAUUUGUCGAAGUGUGUUGCAGUUCGUCUCGUUCACCAUUGUGUUGACAUGUAGUCAGUGGCAUAGCCAGGAUGCCGGGGGGGGGGGGGGCACACAGGGCACAACCCCCCCCCCCUGAAAUUUGUGUGUUAGUAUGUAUGUGGCCUGCCCAGUCUCCGCUCCUACCCAUCGCACCUUCCUUGUCCCCGGUCAGUUGCUUCCACCGAAAAAAAUGUCUGGCUGCGCCACUGCAUGUAGUUGUAGCCAUAGUUUUAUCCCAAUGGCAAAUUUCGGUGGUUGAUACGGAGUGAUAUUUGUUUUUUGUUUUUUGCUUCGUAGAGGAGAACUUGUUCAACACUGAUUGAGUCAGAGUGGGUGCACAUUUUUAAUUUGCUAUUUUCGAUUGCCUCACUCCGCAGAGGAUUGCUCCCUCCUAUUCAGCCGUUUAGGCACAGAUUCAGCCAGAAGUUCUAGAAUGUGUUGCACCUUUUGCUGGCUGCAUGUGGAAACUGUUGGUGUGGACAGGGCAUGGAGCAUAAUGUUUUUCAGUGGCAAAUAUGGAUUCAUGAAAUGUGAGCGCAGUUCAAGUGAUUGCUUUAUGAAUCACGUUUUCAUAAACGAUGUGUGGAAUUUGCUGCAAGAUUACUGGAAGAAGCCUGAUGCAGCUGUUGUUGAAGCACUGCGACGAAUCAUGGGCAAGUCAUAGAUAUUUGUACAAUUUGGCAUGAAUUUGUAGAGAAGGCACAUAGCGGCUUCUUUUAUCGUUCUUUGCAGUUAAAUUGUGUUAAAUGAUAGUCUCAAGUUUCUUUAUGGCAGUUGAGAAUUUUACGUUCAGUGCUUGGUAAUCUCCAGUGAAUAAAUAGCGACACUUAGGAGUGUCUGUGUUGCUAAAUCUAGAUACAUGUAUUUGGCAGCAAUCACCGUGGAUAUAAUUAUUUAUAUUCUAAGCAAUUAUUUUUAUUUGCAAUGCCCUCAAGACCAUCAAAUAGUAUAAAUAAGAGCCUGAAGGAGACUAAUUAUUGUCAUACAGCAAAUUUGUGAUGAUAAAUGAGCUGUUAGGAGGUUAACGUAAGAAAUUAACAAAAUUGUUUGAAACCAGAACGACAAAGGUUAGGUAAAUUCAUGUGCUACCUGUAGUUUCCAUGCUCGAUGUGCGUUCCUGUCAGUUCACAGACGCUAGUGCCAAAUUUCCCUCUGGUAGUCCUAGCAUGAAGCUUUGCGACUUAAGUGAUGUGCUCGCCCACACUACACUGCGUGUAGGUUCUCUCAAUUUUCUUAUGCUCCUGAACUGAUUGUACACUACGGUGUGUAACGGACGACAGCUUCCAGAGUUUGUUACACUGUAGAGACAGUAGCACCAACAGGAUAGGAAAUGCUAAAUGUGACCGCGCGCCUCUGACACAUCACACAAGUGUUCCUGAAGUGGACGGGGUAAAAAUUGUUGACGCUGUUCGUGCCUUGAGAUGGUGCUUUUUUCGUCCCGUGAAAUUACAGAACUGACCUCUGUUGAGCAUCAGUUGCCACCAGUGAACCCUUUCGGCCACUGAGCACAUUAGGAGACUUGCCCACGCUGCUCCUUGAAUAUCUUUUUGUGUGUGACUAGAUUGAUGAAUGCAGUCCCUUGAAUCCACAUGUUAAAGUAGUGCCGAGUUGUAGGAACGCUACCACAUGCGUCUCGCUUUUAGAAGGAUGACACUUAGCAAGUAGUACAAGGUCUUGAAAUGCCGUACCUGGGAUCGGCUGCAUUAACUUAAUGACAUUAGCUUAACGCCAUGACAUGGCAAAACUUGCGAACGUCCGACAAGACUAGGUCCGAUGAAGUUGCUAAUAAAAAAAUAAGCAAGAGUGCUGUGCGAGUUUUGUCUGACUGUGCACGCACGUGGAAGCCACAGCAAUGACACGAACGGAGUGUGCCAAUGUAUACAGACAUCCGCCUGCUCCAUACUGAAACCGAAACUGUUUCAUAGAAGCUCUAUUGUAAAUUACUUACGGCGGUCCGACGGUUGCUCGUAUUAAAGUUGGGAUAUUCAUCUAAAGGGGGCUCUGCAACACUUUUCUAACUAAUCAUAGAAUGACAUCACCAUUAAAUUACUUUGUCUCUCGAA